CUUCCCCUGCAAACAAACGCAAUCGCGAAGCAUCGAAUCGGAUCAGAGUUUUGGGAAAAAAAGACAGACAGAGAGGAAAUCGCCGUCGCCUUCCACCUCGCCGGCGAUGCAGCACGGGAGCGGCGACUACGCCUCCCCCGCCCCCGCGGGCCACUACUACCCUCACCAGUACGCGCCGCCGGGGCCGACCUCCCACCCCGCCGCCGCCGACCCCCCGAUCCCGGGGGCCUACGCCUCCGCGCCGCCCUACUCCGUCGGCGGCUACCCCGAGCAGCUGCCAUCCGCCCCGUCCUACACGCAGCCGCCCCAGUACGCCGGGUACCCGCCCUACAACCCCACGCCCUACCCCCCUGAACCCUCGCCGGCGCCGUACUACAGCUACUCGCAGCCCACCCAGCCGGCUCCCGCGGCGGAACCCAGCCCAGCGCCGCUUCCCUAUGAUGCCCCGUACUACGGUGGAGGCUACCAGCAGCCCGCCGCUGGGUAUGGCGACGAUGAUUACCUGAACGAGGGCGCGUAUGCCUAUACAGGCAACGCGGGCCCCGAGCCGUACGGCGCGCGGGGCACAGCGCCGACGCGAUCAGGAGCCGCGAUGUUUGAUGACUACGGCCGGUCGAUUGGACUCUCGUCCGGAGGGGCGGAGCAGCCACACGGCGGCGGGGGCGGCAGCGUGGGUGGGAGCUUUGGGAAGAUUGCCAGGGCUGUUCCAAAAGCAGAAACCCAUGAGGAUGCUAGUGGUGGUGCGCAGAAGUUUCGGGUUAAGCUGCUGCCAGAGGGUGCCGGAAGCCCUACCGAUGUGCUUUGCCAGGUUGGUCUGGAUGGAAUCCGCAUGCUUGAUCCCAGCACAAACAGGACCCUAAGGAUUUAUCCCCUUGAUACACUGACGAAAUGGGAGGUUUUGGAUUCAACUGUAUUUGCGAUUUGGGCAAAGACUUCAGUGGAUUUUGAAGCAAAGAGAAUAAGGCUGAAGUCAAACAGCUAUACUUCCAAUACUUUGCUUGAUACUGUAACAGCAGCAACAGUCCAGUUUAAGGAGAUCGGUGAAGAUGCAAGAGCCAAAGGAACAGUAGACGCUGGCAAAUCCUCAAUACAAUCAAAUGAGAAGAAAAAAGGUUUUGAUUGGAUGUUUGCGAAACCUGUUGAUGAAGUGAAAGAUCAUUGGGUUCCAGAUGAGGCUGCUAAGAAAUGCCAGUCUUGUGCUGGUGAUUUCAGUCAUUUCAACCGCAGGCAUCAUUGUAGGAACUGUGGCGAGAUCUUCUGUGAUAAAUGCAGCCAAGGAAGAAUUGCUCUGACAGCUGAAGAUAAUGCUCCACUUGUCCGAGUUUGCGAUAGAUGCAUGGCAGAGGUUUCUCAGAGGCUUAGUAUGGCACAGGAAGCUGCAAACAGAUCUACCACAGUGCAAAGUCAUGGAGAUCUUGCAAGAAAACUGAAGGUAAUAAGUGGGGCGAAAGCCUUUUUCGGUGAAGCUCAGGGGGGGGGGGGGGGGCAUAUUAGGCUUUCAAGGAGAGGGUUAUUGAGGAGGGCUCUUGGAGGAAGGAGGUGAUGCAAACAAUAUGAGGAACUGGAGAGGAAUCGCAAGUCUUCAGGGACGGCGUCUGGAGGUGCAUCUGGAACAAGAAUGCGGGAAGUUGCGUGUCCUACCUGCACAGUCCAUCUUCAGCUUGGAUCCCUCAUCGAGGAGCGUUCCUCUCCAAGCUUCUUACAUCAUCAGCAAUUAAUGGCCACCGGAGGUAUGACCCUGGAGAGCCUACCGAACGAGCUACCAUUAGACUUCUUGAACAAAAUCACAAAGAACUUCUCCGAUGAGCUACUACUUGGUCAGGGCGCGUUCGGGUCAGUUUAUAAGGGGAUCCUGGACGAUGGAGUGGUUGCCGUGAAGAAACUCGCGGAAAAUUCGCCUGUACCACGUGACACAAUAUUCGCGAAUGAGGUUCAGAAUAUUAUGGUGCUCGAGCAUGAGAAUAUCGUCAAGUUAGUUGCGUACUGCCGAGAAGCACAAAACAAAUUGGUGCAGAGCAACGGACGAUAUAUUAUUGCAGAGAUCACUGACACUGUACUCUGCUAUGAAUACUUGCCUAAGGGGAGCCUUCACAAGAAUCUUUUUGGUGAAUCCAGUAGCAUUGAUUGGGAUAUGCGCUUUAAAAUAAUAAAGGGAGUAUGUGAAGGUCUACAUUUUCUACAUACCUUGCCUAGUCCCGUUCUCCAUUUGGGUCUGAAGCCUCAAAAUAUACUACUGGGUGACAACAUGACACCGAAAAUUGCGGAUUUUGGUUUCUCCAGAAUAUUCGGCCAAGAUCAAACCCGAAAGAACACACGAAGUGUCGUGGGAUCGGUUGGGUACAUGGCCCCAGAGUUUCUGUACAAUGGCGAAAUCUCGGCUCGGUCAGACAUAUAUAGUUUAGGCCUAAUCAUAAUGGAGAUAUCCACGAGAGAGAUGAAUAGUUCUAGCACUGACCAGAAGCAUGCAAGGAAAUAUAUUGAUGGAGUAAAAGAAAAUUGGACACUGGAGAAAAUAAUGUCUGAGUACACUGAGUUAGAAGAACAUGGUUUCGAUCAAGUAGAAGCAUGUAUCAAUAUUGGUCUACAGUGUGUAGAGAUUGAUCAGAAGAAGAGACCUUCCAUAGAGAACAUUGUCAAUAUGCUCAAUAAGCUUCCAGUGAGCGAGGAGGUUUCCCAUUCCAUGUGAGCACAAAACUUCCCACUUUUCAGUGGGAGAUGUCAAACAUCAAGUAAAACAAGAUCAAUGGUACAAAAGUGGAUGAUGAAACCAAUAUUUGCAUUCAAUAAAGGCAAGCCAUGAUGGCCUUUUGUAAAAAAAAAGUAUUAACGAAAAGUGUAUUGUGGGAACAUGACCCAUUGAUAUCACACAAUUGCAAAUAUAUUUAGUUUUACUUCCUCCGGA